AAAGCAAGAGUGACUGAAUUGUCCUGCAACAUUUCAUGCAGAACUAGUGGCUGAAACAUUAGUAAUGGACCCCCGGUAUUUUGCUCAAGACGUCCUUAGGUGUGACCUCUGUGAAAGUAAGGUUGUACAAAGUCACUGUGAGCUUUGUCAUAUCAACUUGUGUAAGGCCUGUGUAGGAGAGCAUCUCUCUGAUUCAACCAAAAAACAUAGAGUCGUACCAUAUAAAGAUAGAACCUAGACUCCUAACUAUCCAAAAUGUCCAAAGCAUUCCAAGAACUGUGAACUUUACUGUGACCAAUGUGACAAUCCUGUCUGUUCUACCUGCAUUUCCUUAGGCAAUCAUAGAGGACAUCAUUUAUCAGAUGUUUUACAAAACAUCAUCUCCAAAAUAAAAGACUUAAAAAAAGAUUUAAAAGAACUUGAGACAAAAAUUUAUCCCAAAUAUGAAGAAAUUGCAUCUGACAUGAAAAACAAAAAAGACAACUUGGAAACACACUACAGGAAACUGACAACAGCUGUCACAAAACAAGGAGAGGACUGGCACAGAGAAAUUAACAUCAUUGUCAACAAUCGAAAAUCUGAAAUUGAUGAGAUGAAAACUCAACACUUUGCUGUUUUAAAUAAACAGGAAAACGAAAUCAAACACAUUACUGCAGAAGUGAAACAGUGCAUACUUGAUCUGAAGGAAAUACUGGAAUCCAAUGAAGUGUCCCUAGCCUCAGCUUACAAAUCCAGAAAUGCUGAAUUCAGAUGUUUACCUCCAGACCUCAACGUUUCAUUACCAACUUUCUCUCCUCAUCAGAUCAACACAGAACAGCUCCAUCAAAUGUUUGGCUCUCUGUCAACAUUAUCAAUUACAACCGAAGAAUGCGGUUACACAAUCAAACCACUUCUUGAUGAACCGGAGCUUAUCACUAGCAUAGACACUGGAUAUGACAAACUUUACAGUGUUACCUGCCUGAAUGAUGAGGAAAUAUGGACACAUGGAAAUGACAAAAUCAUGAAACUCUACAGCCUCAAGGGUAAAUUACUGACAUCAAUCAAAACCAAGUCUAAGAUUAAUCCACGUGACAUAGCGGUGACAAGGAGCGGUGAUCUAGUUUAUACUGAUACUGAUAAAAGAACUGUAAACAUAGUGAAGAAUAAACAGACACAGGAAGUGAUCAGACUAUAUGGGUGGAAGCCUUUCUUUGUCUGUAGUACCUCCUCUGAUGACCUCCUUGUUACCAUGAACAGUGAUGAUGACACACAUCCAAAGGUUGUCCGUUACUCUGGCUCAAUUGAGAAUCAAACCAUUCAGUUUGAUAGUGAAGGGGAACCUCUUUAUUUAUUUGGUUCUAUUACAUAUAUCAGUGAGAACAGAAACUUGGAUAUCUGUGUGGCCGACAACAUGGCCAAAGCAGUAGUGGUGGUCAAUCAGGCAGGAAAAUUUCGAUUUAGAUACACUGGUCAUUCCUCUAACAAGGGAUCAUUUUAUCCUCUCGGCAUCACAACAGACAGCCAAAGUCACAUCCUGACAGCAGACUAUUACAACCACUGUAUCCACAUCCUAGAUCAGGAUGGAAAGUUUCUCCAUUACAUUAAUAACUGUGAUCUAGAUAGUCCAUGGGGUUUAUGUGUAGACACCAGUGAUAACCUAUUUGUGACUGAGAAUAUCAAACUUGAGAUUAGAAUUUUCCCAAAAUAUGAAAAAAUUGCAUCAGGCAUAAAAACGAAGAAGGAAAUCUUGGAAACACACUACAGUCAAUUAAUAACAGCCGUCACUAAACAAGGAGAAGACUGGCACAGAGAAAUUAACAUAAUUGUCAACACAUUGAAAUCUGAAAUUGAUGACAUGAAAUCUAUCAGCCUGGCUUCCCUAAAUAAAAAGGAAAACGAAAUCAAACACAUUGCUGCAGAAGUGAAUCAGUGCAUACUUGAUCUGAAAAAAAUACUGGGCUCAAAUGAUAUUUCCUUAGACUCUGAAUACAAAUCAAGGAAUGCGGAAUUCAGAUGUCUACCACCAGACCUCAACGUAUCAUUACCAAAUUUUUCUCCUCAUCAGAUCAACACAGAACAGUUCCAUCACAUGCUUGGUUCUCUGUCAGCAUUAUCCAUUACAACAGAAGAAAGCUUUUACACAAUCAAACCACUGAUUGAUGAACCAGAGCUUAUCGCCACCAUAGACACUGGGCAUUUCAGACUAUACAGUGUUAUCUGUCUCAGUGAUAAAGAAAUCUGGACAAUUGGAAAUGACAAAAUCAUGAAACUCUACAACCUCAAGGGUAAACGACUGAAGUCAGUCAAAACCAAGUCAGGGAACAUACCAUGUGACAUAGCAGUGACAAGGAGUGGAGAUCUAGUUUAUACUGACCCUGAUACAAGAACUGUAAAUAUUGUGAAGAAUAAACAGAUACAUGAAGUGAUCACACUACGGGGGUGGAUACCUCGCUAUGUCUGUAGUACUUCCUCUGGUGAAUUUCUGGUAACCAUGGUCAGUGAUGAUAAUAAACAAUCAAAAGUUGUCGGUUACUCGGGCUCUAUAGAAAAACAAACCAUUCAGUAUGACAGUGAAGGUAAACCUCUGUAUUCAUCUAAUUACCUUAAAUACAUUAGUGAGAACAGGAACCUGGAUAUCUGUGUGGCUUACUAUAAAGCCCGUGCUGUAGUGGUGGUUAAUCAGGCAGGAAAUCUUCGAUUCAGAUACAAUGGUCAUCCCUGUACUACCAAGAGAUCAUUUUACCCAUUCAGCAUCACAACAGACAGCCAUAGUCAGAUUCUGACAGCAGACUAUUAUAACCACUGUAUCCACAUCAUAGACCAGGACGGACAGUUCCUCCGUUACAUUGAUAAAUGUGAUCUACGGCUUCCACUUGGUUUAUGUGUUGACACCAGAGACAACCUCUUUGUGUCUGAGUAUUUCAGUGGUAAAGUGAAAAAAAUCAAAUACAUGUAAACACUGCAUUAUUUCAAGAAAUGACCGUGAAUAAGAUUAAGUUAUGCACUGUGAGUUAAAAUUCGUCUGACUUAGGACAUAUAAAUUCCAAUUAUAAGUAGUACAUCCACCUUAUAAAAUGUUUUGAAUGUCUGUUGAUUUUAGAGAAAAAAGUUACUAUCAAAUGUAUUAAAAUAAUGACUAUAAUUCUUGGCCAAAUCA